AAAAAAUCGCGUUCUUUAGCGAAAAAGAAAAUUUUCUAAUUUUGUUACAUGUAUAUUAUAAUAUUUCAGAAAAAUAUUUAUAAAUUUACCAUUAUGUUUGUACUACAACCAAAAGCAGAUGGUUAAACAUUUGUAUUCAAAAUUGAAGUAAAUAUUCACGUUUUGUGUCCCGAUUGAUUUUUAUUUUAUGUUUUAAACAGUGGCUUAUUGAUAAUAAUAGCUGUUUAUAUUCACUUUGCGCGUGACGUGGCUGUUUAUAUUAAAAUUGGACGUGUCAUAAUGUGAAAUGUGAAAUAGAAUAAGCUUUUAUAAGUGAUGGAUGAAAGCAUAAAGAACUCCCCUUGUAAGGAAUGUAGUGACGGUGUUGAAGCACAAUUGCACAAGGAAGUGGAUCACUUGCGUGCUCAUCUCGCUGAGCGUGAUGCACACUUUUUAGCCCUUGAGACAGAAUUUUUCAAGUCUUCCUCUAGAGCUAAUGAUCUAGAAGAACAAAUUGGUACAUGGAGGGAAAAAUAUGAAAGAUUAUAUGAUUCACAUAAACGAGUACAAAAAUUGAAUCAAGUUCUUGAGGACAAAUUGCUUCAAAUGGUAGAUAAGAUGAAAAGCGAAAAAAGUCAAUUGACGAAAGAUAUUGCUACUUUGUCUGUUAGAUUAGCAGAAUCUAAACAUAAUUAUAGCAUGCUACAAAAAGAAAAUGAAAGGUAUAAAAAUGAUAUGAACUUAGCAAUUCAAUUGUUGCAAUGCAAGCCUGAUAACUUUGUGGCCCAGAAACUCGAUAAUCUGCCAAUUGACACUCAGGCAAGAGUAUCACAGUAUGUGAUGUCGAAAACACCUAAACCAGCUAGUUCGACACAGUCAAAGAAUGGAAAUGAAAUUGAUACUUUUGAUGCGAGUGAGUAUGAAUUCAAUAUUUCUGCAUCACUUAUGUCUAAAAUACUAGAAGAUAGUAUCCAAGACUCGGUGACUAAACAUUGUGAUACUUGCACUUGCUCAAAAUCUCAAAAUAAGCCGUUUUGUUAUAACGAAAGUUACUACACAGUAUCAACACAAACUAUAUUGAGUGGAGAUGUGAAAAAUUAUCUUUGUAUGAACUGCAAUUCCGAAGUAAAGUCGAUUCAUUCGAAUUUUAGUGUCAGAAGCAGCUCUCCCUCAGCUGUUAAAAUGGUUAAUGAGAAAACAUCACAUAGCCCUUUGUAUGUAGGGCCGCAGCCUCUUGUUCUUGAAAAAAGAGAGCCUUCUGACUUAGUAAUCGAAAAUAUUAAUAUUAAACCUAAUAAUAUUAUUAAUGACAUGAUUAUUAAAACUGAAAAUAAUAUGAAACUGGAAGCAGAUAUUCAAAGGGAAGUUGUUUAUAAAAUGGAAGAAGAUAUGAAGAUACGAAAUAAUAGUAUUAACAUGGAGCCAUCCGUUCAUCACAAACUCUGUGAUAGGACUAAAACUUCCAUUUCUAGCAAAAAAAGUAGUAUUCAUAGCGUUUGUAACGAUGAUUUGCUCAUUAGAGAAGUAUCGAAUUGUAAGGACAAUAAACCGAGUGAUGCAAUUUCGUCAGUUGAAGGUGUUAACUUGAGGAAAAAUUCUCAUAGCUCCAUGGGUGCUGGUAGUCGGACAUCGUCGAUAGCUAAAUCAACAGUAAGCACACAUAAAUCGAACACUCAAGUGGGUCCUGGACCUAGGUUUUGUCAUUUGCGUAUGCAAGCUGGAUCCAAAAAUAUAUUAGUUGAUAAUGCAGAACCCGAUGUUCCGCCGGUCUUAUAUAGACGACAAAGUAAAUGUAACGAAAAUUCCAUUUUUAAAGAUCUUAAUGAGGGCUUAGAUAACUUUAUAGAUUUAGAGAAGAAUGACGUUGAAAUAAAGAGUGACAUCAAAGAUGACCUUGUAGUAGUAGAGACUACCUUAAUUGAUGUUCAUGUUGAUAAUAAUAAUAAAGACACGGGUUUGACAGUUAAAAACAGUUCGAUAAAUCCGAUACUACUAAAUGUUUCGUCGUCCCCUCUGCAACCGUUAAAAACCCAUAACUUUUCGAAUACAUCGGAGCAUAACAAUAACGACUCCCAUGUUGGUGAUAGCCAGAAGAAUGUUUCAGAAAUCGAUAAUUUGCUAAACGAUUUCAAUGAUGAUAUUAAAAAUUCGAAAACUAAUCAUAAUUCGAACAGCGAAACAAGUAAGAAGACGGACGUAUUAACGCCCAUUGAUAAUCACGAAAUCAAAAUAUUUAAUUUUGAUCGAUACGAACAAAGCAAAGCACCCAGUCAGUAUACGCGACCAAUAAAGAAAAUUGAAAUGUCGCAUUUGCAUGCUAUCGAAAACACAAAAAUUUCAAAAGAUUAUUCACCCCUUGGUGAUAUAAACAAAAAAUCUGAAACAAUAAAACCGCCUCUACCAAAUAUUGUAAAUGUUUAUCCUAAUCUAACUCAGACGCAUUUAAAAGUUAAUGAAAAUAAGAAAGUCUUUACAAAUGAACAAAGCACUAGUUCACUAUCAAGUGAUGAUAGCGCGGCUCUGUUACAGAAACAGCAACUGCUUCGCGUUGCAGAAUGGGUCGAAAAAAAUUUAGAGCAACAAAACAAUUUAAAUGAUCCACUAGAGGACGAAUGUGUUUUUCCGAAUCGAGCCAACAGAAGAGAUAGUAAAAUAAACAGACUUACUGAAACUUUAAAUGAACUAGCACUCAACAUGCCGCACCCGGUCAGCAAAUACUCGAGAUAUUCCAGAGAGCCACGGAAUAAUUGGCCUCACAACAGCGUUACAGCUCAAAACACGCACCAGGAUAAAAAUAUAAAGCCCUGUGCGUCUAAUUCCAAGAUUGUUAAUAAUGUUGUGAAAGAAACGAUUUUUCCAGUUGAAUAUGGUGAUGAUACAGUUACGGAGAUAAAUAACGCGGCCAAGGUUUUCAAUCGGAGCGACAUUGCCGAUAUCGACGUAGGAAAAGAGUUGCGAGACGCUUUGAAAUCGAAAGGUGAAAAGGAAAUUUCAUCCGAAGAUUUGGCAAGAAUGGAGUAUAAUGUGAAGAAGUUCUUACUUAGUGGGCCUUAUUGGGUGAAUUCGGGUGUUGGUAGGAGUCGGCGCACAAGUAGCAAAACUGAGACUGAUGUAUAAUUCCGCCGUAGAAAUGUAUGACAUUCCUUAUUUGUACGUGUAUAUUCCGCAACGUGUAGUAGCUGGCGUCUUGAAUUGAUGUAAAUGUAGAGAAUGCUGUU